AUGCAUAUUCCCUCAGGAUGCUCAAAGUUAGAAACAGGUCUUAUUAUCGAUAAAGUCAAGGGAUUGAUCUUUGGCGCUAUUUUAGGUGAUAGUCUCGGUUUGGCCACCGAAGGAUUAUCCAAAUCCGAAAUCGAGAAAUUCUAUGGUCAAGGUCCAAUUCGCUUUGGUAUGGACGAAGGUGGAAUUCCCUUUAUUAAAGAUGCCUUUCGAUCCAACUUUGAAGACAGCGAUUUCGGCGAUGAUGCAGAACAAGUAUUGUUGGUCAUGGAAUCUCUUUUGGCCAACGGAGGCCACUUCCUCUCCAAAGACUUUAGCUCAAGAUUGUUCAACUACAGUAAAGACGGUAUUCAAAACCUGCACAAAAAACCCUCAGGCAUGAACGCAACCAACGAAGCCGUACUUGCCAACCCUACAUACCAGACCAGCCCUGUAAAUAUGAACAACCUUCGUGGUGCCAAUGGUGCCCUUGUGCGUGCUCCAUUGUUGGGUGUUAUCAAGUUCUGGGAUGGUACAACUGUGAUUGAAAAUACCACAGAAUGUUGCCGUGUCACUCAUCCUGAUCCACGUUGUAUGAUAUCAUGUGUCAUUGCAUCCACCUUAAUCGCUAGGUAA